GGCGCAUAAGGCGUCAUCGCUGAGGCGUGGGCGGAAGAAGGGCAAUUUCUCUGCAGCGUGAUAUCUGCACCACGACUGGGUCCCUACAGGCCGUCUCAGCUGGCAGGGAGCCCGGCCUUAAGCAAGUGUCACCGGCACCUACUUCUAAUACACAGCAUGGACUCUGCAGGAGACACGUACCGUCCCAGUGACCGACGCGACCGCUCUCCCCGUCGCCGUUCUCGCUCGCCGCGUCGUUCGCGCCGCUCCUACUCGCCUCGCAGCCGUUCUCGCAGCAGGGACGACUACCGCCGCACCGAACGUCGCUCGCGCUCGCCCAACAGCGGUGCCCAAGGCGCGGCAAGCUACCAGUCGUACGGUGCCGGCAGAGGAGGCUCGUCGCGGCCCACUGAAAACAAGGGCGAGAUGAUGCAGAACAUUAGGGAUUCUUCGCAGCAGGACCGCCGCGUCUACGUCGGCAAUCUUUCCUACGAUGUCAAGUGGCAUCACCUCAAGGACUUCAUGCGCCAAGCUGGAGAGGUCCUCUUCGCAGAUGUCUUGCUGCUGCCGAACGGAAUGUCAAAGGGCUGUGGCAUCGUGGAAUAUGCAACUCGGGAGCAGGCGCAGAACGCCGUUGCAACGCUCAGCAACCAGAACCUCAUGGGCCGACUCGUAUACGUUCGCGAAGAUCGAGAGGCCGAGCCUCGAUUCAGCGCCCCCGGUGGUCGCGGUGAUUUUGGCGGCGGAAUGGGUCGUGGCGGCUAUGGUAGCUACGGCGGUCACGCCGCGGCUGGGGGCGCCGGUGCAGGACGACAGGUCUACGUCGCCAACCUUCCCUACAACGUCGGCUGGCAGGACCUGAAGGACCUCUUCCGUCAGGCUGCCAACAACGGUCAAGUGCUACGCGCUGACGUGCACAUUGCACCUGACGGCCGCCCAAAGGGCUCGGGUAUUGUCGCGUUUGAAACGCCCGAGGACGCCCGAAACGCCAUCACCCAAUUCAACGGUUAUGAUUGGCAGGGCCGCAACCUUGAGGUUCGUGAGGAUCGCUUCGCCGGUGCUCCUGGUGGAUUCGGUGGACGCGGUGGCUACGGAGGCUUCGGCGCUCGUGGUGGGUUUGGUGGCCGCGGCGGAUUUGGUGGCCGUGGUGGCUAUGGAGGCUUUGGAGGUCGCGGCGGCUUCAAUGGCGGAUACGGCGGCGGUGCUGGUGGCCCUGCUUUUGACCCCAAUGCCGCCCCGCCUGCCCCGAACCCAUUUACAGACUAUGCAACUGCCGGUGGAGAGCCCAGCAACAUCAUCUACGUCCGCAACCUGCCUUGGUCGACUAGCAACGAGGAUCUCGUGGAGCUCUUCACCACGAUUGGAAAGGUCGAACGCGCCGAGAUCCAGUACGAGCCCAACGGUCGCUCUCGCGGAACCGGUGUGGUUGAGUUCGAGAAGGCUACAGAUGCAGAGACAUCUAUCGCUAAAUUCACUGGCUACCAGUACGGCGGCAGGCCUCUGGGCCUUGCCUAUGUCAAGUACACCAACGUGGGCAACGGCGAUGUCAUGGAAGGCACCGAGCACGCCAGUGGCCUGACGCAGGAUCAGAUCAUGUAAUUGCGACUUUUGUUGUCCGCCGUGUCCAUGUCGAUGCAUUUCCUAUUUGCUGUGUCUAAGCGCCUUCAGACGAGGUGAUUUCUUCUUUCCUGUCACAUUUACACCUCUCCAUAAGAAUGGGAUUUGGAGAGAUUAUCCUGAGAAUCAGUUUUUGGUAACGGGAAGCACUGUAGGGGAACAAAAAUUUCCUUGUCUACACGAGAAAAAAAAAGCUAGCUGUCGAGAUGUAGCUACCAGGUCGAAUGAGAUUUCAUGGGCUCAUGCACAAG